CGCAGUGAAUGUAGUAACAGCGUGAGAAAAAAAUGGCGGCUAACACUUUAUUUUCGCAUGCAGCAUGUUACCAAGAAUGAAUAUAAGUCUUUUUAUUGUCACUCUAACUUAUUCAUGAACUCUAUUUAUUUAUUUAUUAUUUAAUUAUUUAUUUCCUUUAACAUAUUAAAUAGAAGCGAAAAUGUAGCUAUUUCAUUUUAUUUUUUGUUUUUAAAUAAUUUUGGGGGCAUUUUUUUGGUUAUUUUUUUUUUUUUUAAUUUAAAACAAUUUUCCACUUUUUCAGUUUUAGUUUUCCCCCAAAACAUUGCCUUUUUUUUUACCCAUCCAAUACAGUAUAGAAAAGUCUUUUGUAAGCCAGUCAAGCGUGUUAUUAAUGCAUUUAUCAUGCUCGUGAAUUCAAUUGUUGAAAUAUCUGUCUAGAAAGGCAGUGGUUUUAAAUUUAAUGAUUAGAUACAAAUGUUUCAAACUCUUCCAUAGAUAUUUAUUUUAUAUAUCAUCUUGUAUAUUUUGAUUCUUAACAUUUCCAAAUAUACCUUCCACGCUGCAAUUGUAUAUAUAAAUAGUAUUACGGAAAAGAACCAAGGUUUAUGAACUCAUCGAUGAAAUACUAUAUAUUAAUAUAUUUUAUACUGUGAAGCUUAAUUUAAUUUUAAUUUUUAAUAAAUUGAUUUUAAUUGAGUUUUUACCUGUAAUUUUGGAUUUUACCCCUAAUAUUAUUAUUAUAUAUAUAUACAUAAGAACCUUAAAUAUAUCGAUAGCCACAUAAAAAUAAACCACCUUAAUAUAGUAAGAGGACUAUUAAAACGUUAGUAAUAAAUUAAUAAAACGGUUUUAAAAUCCUACCAGUGGAUAAUAUUUCUAUAAUAGAGUUAACUUUUUAAAUAAAUUAUAGUUUAAGCUUAUUAGAUUUUGGAGGUGGUUGUAAGGAGUAAUGAACGUGCCAUAAGGAAUCGGCAAAUUUUAAUGCUAAUUCCAGUUUUUCCCCUCCUCUCCCGCUCCGCUCCUCUUUAGAGAAACACGAACGAUUAUUUGUAUAUGUGUCAAAGACGAUAACAUUAAAUUUUUUGUGUCCCAGAUGUUAAUUUAGAGAACGAAUAAGAAGAAGCUGCGGUUCUUUGGUUUCUUAAGCACAUUUGGAGUAGUUUACGGCAAAAAAAAAACGUCUAGAAUCAGUUUCUAAUUGAGAAGAGUACGCUGGCAUAUUUAUUCUGGUUUUAAAAUAAUAAGAAAUUAAAACAAGUUAUGAGUUUGAGAGUUUAUCUUAAUCCAUAUAACUGGAGAUUAAUAGGUAAUUAAUCCCUUCUCUAUAGAAAAAGUUGUAUUUCUUUAUAAAUUACUAUCAUCAUUUGAAACCAAGCCCUAUAAAAAUAACAGACCCCUGCUUUGCUUGACCAAAUCAAGAAUUGAUUCUCAUUUUCUUGAUUUAAAUUCAAACAUUUGUACCCUUUAAGCAGGAUUAAUAUUUAUCUCCUGAAUAAAAUUUGAAACCAGCUUUUUAUUGACUUUUAAUCCAAAGAAAAUAGGGCUUUUUUUAAAAUUAUUAUUUGUGCAGGGUAUCAUAAACAGACCCAAUAAUAGUUAACAUUGAAACAAUAGACAUUUCACGUUUCUUUUUAACUCAAAGCUGUAGUUAACUUUUGUGAGGUAUGUAUAUACUGCAUAGAUAACCAUAGGAGACAGACUGUAAGCAAUAUAAAUAUAUAUAUAUAUAUAUAUAUAUAUAUAUAUAUACACACACAAAUAUAUUUAUAUACACGCACAUAUGUGUGCCUAUGUAUAUAUAUAUGUAUAUGAAAUAGUACAGCUGUAUUGGAAUUUUAUUUUUCUUACUUUAUUUUUUUAAUAAUGAAAUAACCUUUACUUUAAAACUGAUUAUAAAUCGCUUCCAUUGUAAAACAAAUGUUGAAUUUAAUACAAAAUAAAUAGAAAAACUAUAUAAUAGUAAUAAUAAUAAUAAACUAACCUGUUCAUUCCUGGAUUAGUCGCCUUUCGCCACAUCUGAAUUCAUAAACGGCUGCCAAUGUACCAUAACAUUGUUGAAGUUACUGUCAGAUUCAUGAAUAAAAUAUGACUUUGAACAAAAUACAUAGAAAAUGCGUAAAUAAAUAACACUUAACACUACUUUGUGGCCUAACAAUACAUAUUUUGGACAUUGGAUUUUAUUUCAUUUCUCUCCCUCUUUCUGCUACAAUUCUGAUUAAAGAGAGAAAAAAAUUAUUCUUUUGUUAAUAUUUUGGGUAUAAAAGAAGCAGAAAAUCCAAGAGAACUUUCUUUUGAGAACAACUUUCAACCAACAAUGAAUCUCUAACUUGUUACUGCUUGAAAGAAUCCUCACAUGGAAUUAAAUAUGUUUUUAACUUUGACACAUCUGGAAUAGAAAAGUAGAUAUUAAAGGAAUGUUUACAUCUGAAGAAAUAGGAUGGUUUGAAAACCACCAACAGUACACUGCUGCCAAUAUGGAUUUCUCCGAACCCAUAGAUAACUGCUCAAAACGAAAGCGAACUCGUGGGAAUCUACCGAAGGAGGCUGUUGAUUAUCUCAUGAAAUGGCUGUAUCAAAACAGAUUUCGUGCCUACCCUUGUGAAGAAACAAAGCGAAAGAUGGCCAAGGACACUGGUCUGACAAUCCAGCAGGUCAAUAACUGGUACAUCAAUGCUAGGCGUCGUAUUCUACCAGCCCUUAUAUCAAGUGAAGGCAAAGAACCACGAGAUUAUCGAAUCACACGAAGACGCCUGGCAUCUUAUUCCUCUGAUCAAAGCCCAUCUUCACCAGCACCAUCAUCUCCGGCAUCAGCUUCCAGUGGCCUUCCAGCGAUUCGUGCCGACAGCCCUGCUCCCCCUUCCAAUGCUUCGACUUCAUCUUGCCGCCAGACACCAACCCCACCGUCUUCACUGACUCCCACUAGUCGAUCGCAUCUGGCUCAGCCGCCAUAUUUACCUCUGCCACCCCCUUAUUCCUUCAACAGCACCACACCAGAUUGCCAAGAUUAUCACGACAGAACAUCAGAAUCGUUCCAGGACUGUCAAUCAAAUCUUUAUCAUCGUUAUCCUCUUCAUUUCCAUUCCCAUCAGUACGAACCAACUACUGCUGACUACCCGUGCAACCUUAUCUACAACAACAGCAACCACAAUCACAACGUUUUACAAAUCGAUCCCAACCAACCCACGGACCAGUUGUUACGUACACGAUAUGGUAAUACAGAGAGCCAUUUUCGUGUUCUAGAAUUUAAUAUGAUAUAAGAUAUAUUCAUAAUGUAUUUAUUUUUUUAAAUAUCUGCUUAGGGUUAUGGUUGGUAUAUUUCUCUUCAAAUGCUGAAUACAAAAUAUAUUUCUUAAAUUGAGAACCAAGAAGAAAAUAUAUUUUCAAUAUUGAUAUUUUUUUUUUUCAAAUAAAAGUUAAAUUUUAGAUAUUUUAAAAAUAUAUUUUAAUGUAGAAUAAUAAAAAAAAAAGUAUGAUAAAAAGAAAUUAUUUUUUUGGUAGCAAAACA